AUGGUAACGGGUGAACAAGAACCACUCGUCUUCUCCGCAUAUCCAAAAAAACAGACAAAACAACCAUGGUUUCUUAGAAACCCAAUAAUACGCAAUAUAACACUAGCCACACCCUUCGUACUGGGUUUUAUUCUAUAUCGAUACGUCAUCUCUGGUCCAUUCUUACCUUUAUCAUGUCAAAUAAUCGGAUUAGAAUGUCCAUCGAUACAAGUGUCCGGGUACACUGAUCCCGAAUUUGCAAGCAUACGAAAAAUUUUCGCGGAGAAUUUCGAGAAUGGUGAUGAAAUUGGCGCAUCAGUCACAAUGUUUUAUGAGGGAGUUCAAGUUGUCGAGUUGCAAGGUGGUGUGAUGGACACGCGAACGCAGCGUCCAUACGAUCGUGACACUCUUCAAUUGGUAUUCUCGAGUUCGAAAAGUUUUGCGUCGACUGUGAUUGCUAGAUUUGUGGAAAAAGGACUUUUAGAUUAUAACGAGAAAAUUGCUACUUAUUGGCCGGAAUUCGCACAAGGCAAUAAAGAGAAUGUCACCUUGGGUGAUUUGAUGGUACAUCGUGCUGGUGUAAGUUUUAUCGAUCAUCAUACAAUGAAAAUUGAAGAUUUAACGGAUAUGGAUCACUUAGCGAAAAUCCUCCAAGAACAACCUCACAAUUGGAAUGGCGUACCAACCAGGGCUUAUCAUGCGUGCACUCGUGGCUGGUAUUUGAAUGAGAUUGUACGUCGAGUUGAUCCACAACAUCGAACAAUUGGAAAAAUUAUUGAUCAAGAAUUAUCAGAUUCAUACGACAUUGAAUUUCAUCUCUCCCUUCCUGAAAAAAUGGAUUCACGCGUCGCCACAAUUUAUGAAUAUCCAUUACUAAGAGUUUUAGGAAAAAUGAUUUUCCCAUCAUGGCUGAUCGCUGAACCAUUACACGAAAUUUUCAAAGAUAUGAUUAAUCCCAGAAGCAUUCCAUUCAAAUCACUAGUACAUUCGGCACCAAAUCAAGCACAACCCGGUGCUUACAAUCGUCGCGAAUUUCGUGUAUCCGAAGGUCCAAGCUAUAGCGGCAUUACAAACAGUCGUUCGAUGGGAAAAUUGGCGGCCCUUCUUGCAAACAAGGGACAACCGAUCCGUCACGGCGAGCCUGUGCUAUUAAGCGAGACCGCUUACGAAUUAGCUCUCAAACCCCUUCCACCUGUUUAUGAUGCCGUUUUGCACGAGACUAUGGUACCCACUGUUGGUGGAUAUGGUGUGUGGCGUCUUGAAGGUCUCGAGGAUAUUGAAUUAUUGGGAUGGGGUGGGUCUGGUGGAAGUUUACUUUUUUGGAAUAACGAGUACAAAAUUGCUUUCGCUUAUUGUAUGAAUGCGUUUAACACCGCGUUGUUGGGUGAUAAACGAGCUAAACGAAUGCUUAGAGAGUUUGUCGAUAUCGUUAAAGCAAAGCAUAAAUCAUCUUCAUCUUCGUUAAAUUCUUCAUCCACGAAUUGCUCGUCAUGA